GCUAGCUUUAGUCUAGCUAAACUGCCAUCGCUGUCGCCUUUAAUGCACGUGCGGCAAAUCAACAAUAAACAAGAAUGAGCGAUUUUAACAAGUAUUGCGAAGAAGCUGCGAAAGAGGAGCUGCCGGACUCGGAAGACGAGGAAGACAUCGGCGACGAGGACACUUGCAGUGCACAGGAUCUUGCCGCCGAGUUCCAGCUGAAGUACCAUCCGCAGGACGAAGUCAGCGUGUCCUUGCAGCGUGAAUAUGUGCUUAGCUUGGCAGCGGACCAGGAGUUCUCGCGGAUUGCCGCCGGCCUGUCCAAUUCAGCAGUGCACAUCUACAAUUUGGAUUCGGGAGCUCGGAAACUGGAGAACUUUAGCUACCUGCCGCCCACAGAAUCUCCGCAUCGCGUAAGCAUCUGCGGCGUCCGCUUCCUGGACGAGGGACCACACAACAUCCUGGUGGGCACCACCGAUGGCUACGUGCGCCUCUACGAUCUGCGCCUUAGGGGCGAACAGGCGAGGUUCAAAUACACGCAGCACCCUGAGGUGCCUCCGGUGCCCAAGUCGCUUUCGUGCUUCGACAGGAACGCCAACGGCCGGAUCAUUUGCUGCGGCACCGAACAGUUUCACAGCAACGCGUUCCUGGUGUUCUUCGAUGUUCGGGAGCGGAAACAGAUGGGCGUCUACUUCGACAGCCACGAGGACGACAUCACCUCGGUGCGGUUCCAUGGCCAGAAUCCGGACCUGCUGGCCACAGGCAGUGUGGACGGUCUAGUAAAUGUGUUCGAUGUGAAGGAGCCGGACGAGGACGAAGCACUGCUUAAUACCUUCAACACGGAGAGCAGUGUGGCCCGGUUGGCCUGGCACAAGAACGCCUACGACAAGGACAUCGUAUCCUGCGUCACGACCACCGGCGAUUUCAAGAGCUACGAGUGCGAGGAGGGCGACGAGCUGUCAUCCUUCGUGCGGCCGGACGUCACGGCGGCUAUACGGAGAAGGAAAGCGGCAAACUUCAACUUGAUAAAUGCCCACAACCAGGAAGACGGAGGAGUCUUUCUGCUGGCGGGCACGAACUUUAAUAAGGGCGAGAUCCUGCGCUCCGUUAGCAUUACCUCCAAGAACAGCCUCCAGCCAUUGGCCAACUUCCACGGAAACAAGCAGAUCGUCAGAGACAGUCUUUUUGAUGCGAAGCGCGGUUUGCUUUUUACGGGCGGUGAGUCCGGCAUUGUUACGGUUUGGGCACAGGACGCAAGUGGGACAGCGGUCGGCGGUGAAAAACUGAAGGUCAGGAAGGAGAAGAAGUCUCGCAAGCAGGCGCCAUAUUAAAUGUGUAUUUAUGUUCUUAAUAAAGGUUUCCUAAAUAAUUCAAAAUUUAAA